UCCAGUCCUGGAGUCAGAAGAUCGGCUUAUAAAUUUAAAUAAGAGACACAUAGAGAAAGCAAUGCAAGUGAGUUCUGGUUUGGUGGUGGGUUCUCACAACUUGAACGAGCUCAUAGUUAUAAGUCGCGAUGGGGACUCUUCUAGAAAAGGGUGGGAACAUUUAAGCGGUCAAACAUGUCACAUAUGCGGAGAUGAGGUAGGACUGACAGACGAGGGAGAGCUGUUCGUGGCCUGCAAUGAGUGUGCCUUCCCCAUUUGUCGUGCUUGCUAUGAAUACGAGCGCAGGGAAGGGAAUCCAGUGUGCCCUCAAUGCAAGACCAGAUUCAAACGUCUCAAAGGCUGUGCUAGAGUGGAGGGGGAUGAUGAAGAAGAUGACAUUGAUGACUUGGAGAAUGAGUUCAAUUUCGAGGGAAGGAGCUGCGGGCAGGAUGGGCACCAUGCUUUGGCUGCCAAUGCAAUCAGCAAUCUCUCUGGCUUGCCUCAUGUUGUUCGCACUGAUCCCCAACUUCCCCUUCUCAGUAAUGGUCAAAAGGUAUUUACCCAAUUUGCGCUUCCCCACAUUGUGAAUCCCUCCAAGGAUUUAGCUGCUUAUGGCUAUGGAAGUGUUGCUUGGAAGGAGAGGAUGGAGGCUUGGAAGCAAAGAGAAGAACAAUUACAAAUGACGAAGUCUGGUAAUGGUGGCGAAGAUCCGUACUCUGAAGGCCUUGAUUUACCAUUAAUGGACGAGGCUAGACAACCAUUGUCAAGAAAGUUGCCCAUUCCAUCAAGCCAAAUCAACCCUUACCGGAUAAUCAUCAUAAUUCGACUUGUAGUUCUUGGAUUUUUCUUUCACUAUCGAGUCAUGCACCCGGUGAAUGAUGACUAUGCUUUCUGGCUUGUAUCAGUCAUUUGUGAAUUCUGCUUUGCUCUUUCAUGGAUUCUUGAUCAAUUCCCAAAAUGGCUUCCAAUUGACCGGGAAACUUAUCUGGAUAGAUUAUCCUUAAGGUAUGAGAAGGAGGGGGAACCUUCUCAACUUGCUCAUGUUGACAUAUUUGUAAGUACAGUUGAUCCAUUAAAAGAAUCCCCACUGGUGACUGCAAACACUGUUCUUUCUAUUCUUGCAGUGGAUUACCCUGUUGAUAAGGUCUCAUGUUAUGUUUCUGAUGAUGGUGCUGCUAUGCUAACAUUUGAGGUACUGUCAGAAACUUCUGAAUUUGCGAGGAAAUGGGUCCCCUUUUGUAAGAAGUAUAAUGUUGAACCACCGGCACCUGAGUGGUAUUUUUCUCAAACGAUAGACUAUUUCAACGAUAAGUUGUUGCAGUCAUUUGUGAAGGAAAGGAGAGCAUUGAAGAGAGAGUAUAACGAGUUCAAAAUUCGGAUCAAUGCUUUGGUUGCCAAGGCUCAAAAGGCUCCAGUAGAAGGGUGGGUUAUGCAGGAUGGAACUCCUUGGCCUGGGAAUAACAUUCGUGAUCAUCCUGGAAUGAUUCAAGUUUUUCUUGGACAAAGUGGAAGACUUGACACUGAUGGAAAUGAACUGCCACGCUUGGUGUAUGUUUCUAGAGAAAAGAGACCAAGGUUCAAUAACCAUAAAAAGGCUGGAGCAAUGAAUGCUUUGGUUAGAGUCUCUGCUGUGCUCACAAACGCACCAUAUCUGUUAAAUUUGGAUUGGGAUCACUACAUUAAUAAUAGUAAGGCUCUCAGAGAGGCAAUGUGUUUCAUGAUGGAUCCAUUGCUAGGAAAGAGAAUAUGUUACGUCCAGUUCUCCCAGAGGUUUAAUGGCAUUGACAAGGGUGAUCAAAAUGCUAAUAAGAGCACCGUAUUUUUUGAUAUUAAUAUGAAAGGUUUGGAUGGCAUUCAAGGUCCUAUAUGUGUUGGUACUGGAUGUGUAUUUAGAAGACUAGCACUUUACGGCUAUGAUGCUCCAAAACCAAAGAAGCCAUCUACAAGGACAUGCAACUGUUGGAGUAAGUUGUGUUGUGGGUGCUUUUGCUUGAGGAAAAAGAAGAGGCUACCUUAUAAACAACUAAAGACAAGAAAUACUGAACAAGAAGAUGGAGAAGCAGCCCCACUUAUGUUUACUGCUAUGGAGGGUAUUGAAGAAGGUGUUAUCUUGAAUACAGGAAAGGUAGGGGAAAAUUUUGCCUUGUCUGAGCUGAAACUGGAAAAGAAAUUUGGUCAGUCCCCUAUUUUUAUUGCCUCAACCUUGCUAGAGGAUGGUGGAACAUUGAAAGGUGCUAGUCCUGCCCCUGCAUCUCUGCUUAGAGAAGCCAUCCAUGUUACCAGUUGUGGUUAUGAAGAAAAAACAGAGUGGGGAAAAGAGGUUGGAUGGAUCUAUGACUCAGUUACAGAGGAAAUAUUAGCAGGAUUUAAAAUGCACUGCCACGGGUGGCGAUCCGUAUAUUGUAUUCCUGCUAGGCCUGCAUUUAAAGGAUUUGCUCCCGUCAACCUUUCUGAUCGUCUGCAACAGGUCCUCCGAUGGGCCCUUGGAUCUAUUGAAAUACUCUUCGCUAAGCAUUGUCCUCUUUGGUAUGGAUAUGGAGGUGGUCUAAAGUGGAUGGAGCGUAUUUCUUACAUAAAUGUCAUUCUAUAUCCGUGGAUCUCGAUUCCUCUGGUUGCAUAUUGUACCGUUCCCGCUGUGUGUCUGCUAACAGGGAAAUUCAUCAUUCCAGAGCUUAGCGGUGCCGGUAGCUUUUGGUUCUUGUCACUUUUCCUUUGUAUUUUUGCAACAAGCAUCUUGGAAAUGAAAAGGAGUGGAGUCAGUAUUGAUGAAUGGUGGAGAAAUGAACAAUGGUGGGUGAUUGGAGGGGUUUCAGCGCAGCUAUUUGCUGUAUUCCAAGGGCUUUUAAAGGUUAUAACCGGCGUUGACACGAACUUCAUCAAGACUCCAAAGGUAAGCGACGAUGGAGAGUUCUCCCAGCCGUAUGCAUUAAAGUGGACAACUUUGCUCAUCCCACCAACAACAUUGCUUAUAAUAAACAUGAUAGGACUGGUUAUCGGUAUUGCAACUGCAAUAAAUUAUGGUUAUGAUUCAUGGGGACAAUUUUUUGGAAAGUGUUUUUUUGCCAUCUGGGUUAUUAUUCACUUGUAUCCCUUCCUAAAGGGUUUGUUUGGGCGAGAGAACAGGACUCCCACGAUUGUUAUUGUCUGGUCAAUUGUGUUGGCUUCUAUCUUUUCUCUUGUGUGGGUUCAUUUGGAUCCAUUCUUGCCCAAAUCAGUUGGUCCGCCACUUGUGGAAUGUGGGUUGGAUUGUAACUAGCAGCACAUCUGCUCCACCGGAACCCCAAAAUUUGCUAGUUGAGGAUAUGUGGAUUAUGAAGGCAAAGUUUGCGUAGUGUAGCUUAAAUAUGUAUUUUGGGACGAUAUC